AUGUCUGAUUUAAAUCCAGGCAAACACCCAUUUAUUCCUAGUAAUAAUCAGGCAAAAACUGGUGGAUCUACCGUUGCCGAAAAUUUUCAAGGGCGUGGAUAUAAAUUAGAUAGCACUAGAGAACGUGAACUUGAAUCUGAACGUAAUGAGUUACUCAUUAAAACUGAAUUUUUUGCUAAUAAAUGUUCUGAUUUUAGAAAUGCCAAAGUGCUUGCAGAAACACGAUCAGAUGGGCUUGAAAAAGAGUUGAAAUCAAAAAAUGAAAAGAUUUUGCUUUAG